CAAGUGUCACUAUAACAGAAGGACAUAAUCACCGUGGUACGUUUGCAGAGCCUUACAGCCUGUCUUGGCCAACAGGGAGCUCACCUCAUUCAGCUUUUCUGAGGUUUUAAAGUCCACUGCCACCAUGUCUGACACAGAGGAAGUUGAUCAGGUCGAGGAAUACGAUGCUGUAGAAGUGGAGGUAGUGCAGGAGGUAGAGGUCGCCCCUGAGGCGGCCCCUGAACCAGAGGCAGAGGCAGAGCCAGAGCCUGAGCCAGAGCCUGAGCCUGAACCAGAACCAGAACCAGUGGUAGAACCACAGCCAGAACCAGAACCAGAACCAGAACCAGAGCUUGAGCCUGAAGAGGAGAAGCCAAAGUUCAAGCCGAGCGCUCCAAAGAUCCCAGAUGGUGAGAAAGUGGACUUUGAUGACAUCCAGAAGAAACGUCAGAACAAGGAUCUGGUGGAGCUGCAGGCCCUGAUCGAUGCUCACUUUGAGUGCAGGAAGAAGGAGGAGGAGGAGCUGAUUGCACUCAAGGAGAGGAUCGAGAAGCGUCGUGCUGAGAGGGCUGAGCAGCAGCGGGUCCGUGCUGAGAAGGAGAAGGAGCGGCAGGCCAGACGUGAGGAGGAGAGGCGGCAGAGGGAGGAGACUGAUGCCAGGAAGAAGGCUGAUGAGGAGGCCAAGAAGAAGUCGGCUCUGACCAGCAUGGGCUCCAGCUACAGCAGCCACCUGCAGAAGGCUGACCAGAAGAGAGGAGGAAAGAAAGAGACUGAGAGGGAGAAGAAGAAGAAGAUCCUGGCCGCCAGGCGCAAGGCACUCAACAUUGACCACCUGAACGAGGACAAGUUGAAGGAUAAGAUCAAUGAAUUUUAUGAAUGGAUGCGCCAGCUGGAGUCUGAGAAGUUUGACCACAUGGAGAGACUGAAGCUGCAGAAGUACGAGGUUACAAGACUGCGUAAGAGAGUGGAGGAGCUCAGUAAAUUCAGCAAGAAGGGAGCUGCAGCCCGCCGCAGAAAGUAGAUUGGCUGAAGGCAUUAGUGCUCGCCAACCAUACUGCCAUCACCAUGGACACAUGCAGGAUGAAGUUAAGCGCACUGUGGAGAAAGUUGCACCUCUGAAGAAACUAGUAAUGCUGAGGUACACCCUGUUGUUUCUCAGCCAAGUCCUAGAGCAACCAGGAGUCUUUAGCUGCUGUUUAAUAGGAAGAAAAAAAAAACACUCAAUAUACUUGCCAUCAUGCUUCCUCGCCCUCAACUCUGUGGUUCUCAGUAAUUUUGUAAAUAAAGUGUGACUCUUCAAGCCAUGUCUGUAGUUAUUCAGAAAUCAAUAAAGUUCCGUCUUUUCAGA